UGCAUAAUUUUUUGUAGCCAUUAACCAUUCAAUCUCAACUUCUGAUGCAUAAUAAGCAUCUGCCUAACAGUCUGGGUUUACAUACAAAAACUUAUAGUAAUACCAGGCAAAACAAGUUCAAGUGUUUUUUUUUUUUUGGCGCAAGCUCUCCCAAGAUUCCAACAGACAACAUCUAAAAUUUAAUUAAUCAUACUCUUGGGGUGUGUGUUCUCAAACUGUCGCUGAACCACGGGAACAACAUGGUCAUUAAAAUAGUGAUAAACUGAUAGUACAAAAAAAUAAUACAUUAAUAUCUAAUACAGUGUCCCGGUCCAAUCUCUAUUUCCAAGAGUCCGAGAUUAGCUUACCUCACUCGCUUUCAAGAAUGGAAGAUACACGUCCUUCCCACAUCUGACAUCUGCUUCUAAGUUGCUUAGGUGAACUUCACCUGUAAUCAUUAUGUCAACUUGUUAGCAUUUCUUUUUCUUUCUUUCUUUCUUUAUUUUUUUAUUUUUUACUGUUACUUCUCUUCAGCUUACUAGCAUUUCUAAUAAAGCAAGAAAUGCAUCAGAAGACAAUCACUUUUGCCGUUGUUUGUCAAAAAACCGAUAACCAGAAAAAAAGCGUUGACGAAACCCUAAGAGCAUUCAAUAAGAGAUGGGAAGAGGAAAAAUUGUGAUCAGAAGAAUUGAUGAUACAACAAGCAGGCAAGUGACUUUCUCGAAACGCAGAAAUGGAUUGCUUAAGAAGGCCAAGGAACUAUCAAUUCUUUGUGAUGCUGAAGUUGGAGUGAUUGUCGUCUCUAAUACCGGGAGGCUAUAUGAAUUUGCAAGCACUAGCAUUAGAUCGAUAGUCGAACGAUACAACAAAGAGCAAGAGGAUUAUCAGUUGAUGAGUCCCACUUCAGAAGCCAAGUUUUGGCAAAGGGAAGCAGAAACCUUAAGGCAACAGCUGAAAUACUUGGAAGAAAACCAAAGACAAUUGACGGGUGAAGAACUUAAUGGUUUGAGUGUCAAAGAUCUGGAAAAUCUAGAAAGCCAAUUGGAAAUGAGCUUGAACAGUAUCCGGACCAAGAAGGACCAACUUUUCACAGAUGAAAUACAACAAUUAAACCGCCAGGGAGUUAUUAGUCAUCAAGAAAAUAUGAAAUUGUUUAAGGAGGUUAAUGUGCUGCAAAAAGAAAAUGCAGAAUUGCAAAAAAAGGUUCAUGGAGAAAAUGACAUCAAUGACAUCAAAAGAUAUUCCAUGCAACCACAUGGUUUUAGCACUAGAUGCAACUUAGAUGGACCUAUAGACCUGCAGCUAUGCCAACCGCAGCAGAGAGACUGUGAAAUGCCAGAAAACGCGACAAACCUACGAUUACAACUGCCUUAGCAAAAGCAAGCAGACCACAGCGGAGAUGGUAGUCAAUUUCCAUCAACAACAUGUGCCAAAAGUGACACAAAUAAUUGUUCACCAGCAAGAUUCUCUGUUAGACAGCGGGGAGAGCCAUUCAUCAUGAAAUAUCUCACAUUUGGUAUGACACGGCACUUGGAAUAAACGCUAUGUUGUGAGAUACAAUCAACCACCUACCAACUUGUGAAACCUUAGGAUAUAGUUCCUCAAUUCUGAUAUCAAGAUUUAUCAACUGUAUCCGCCCAUAAUUUAUUUGCCCUAUUUAUCAGAAAUAUUUCUCUUCAAACUAUCCAAUUUUUCAUAAGAAGCAUCAUUGAAGUCUGCCAAGUGCAAAAAAACAAAGAAGCAUGCAUCGAUCAACUGUUCUGACAAACUAAUCAAAGUUCCCAAAUUUUCCAAGUUAAUUGGUAGAGACAGCAGCCAGUAAAUGCAUGAGAACGCUUAUAAUACUAGGUAUGACUUGGUUUCCAAGGCGUUGUCCUUUGGUCAACGCUUCCCUCUCUCACUAGUAUGAGGUCCUUCCCUCAAUGUAGGUGUGCAAGGACCCCCAUAUGAACCCUAGAACGUAAUCCUCCAAUCCCCAAAUUAUCUAAUAAUACGGAACGAGGUGCCUAAGCCCUACUCCCAGUCUAGGCAUUGAUGGUGAUGAAGUCCCUUGGAGAAUGAGCUUAUCGCUGGAUACAGCACAUGGGAUCAAACAUUGAGGAUGCAAGAGCGAGGGACGAGUUAAGGGUGUCUUUGGAGAUUCCUUAGCCCUAAUGGCAGAGUGACAUGCCACCAAGAUCUAGUGACAUGUUGUUUGUAAGGUCUUGGCAAUGCUGCUCCCGAGUCCCAAGGGAGAGUGACCAUUGGCUGACGGCCACAUGCCAUCUCAUGAGGUUGACACAUGAACCUUUCCAAGGUGACCAAGUAGUUGUGGGCGUGCCACAUGGUGGAGCUGAACCCAUGUUCCAACAGUCCUAAGCUAUGGUUGGUGCCAUAGUAGUACACAAUUUCAUAAUCGCUUACGUUUGUCACUCGCAAGAAAAUGUUUUAAGAAAACAGAUCAAUAUUGGGACUUGGGAGAGAGUUGCUACCCUCGAAUAUUAUAACUUCAUAAUUGCUCAAAAUCCUUACUAAAAUCUGGUUUGGAUUCAACUCUAUAAGGACAAACUUAGCAUUACGUUCUCAACAUCAGACUUCAGCAACUACUUAAAAAGUCAACACAACUAGUAGAGCACUAAUACUUUCCAUAUUUGAUUCUGUCUUACUAAGUAAUGUCCAACUUAAUCUGUCUGUUUCAAAAUUUUGUUUUGUUUUGAAAUGGGAUACAGUUAAUUAUUCGAGAUUACGAUUGUGGCUUGCAAACCGGGCACAGCCUGCAGAAAGGUUUUUAUUUAGGGCCAAUUGCCAUUGCAGACACUGGUGCGACAAAUCACCAAAUUGAAUGCAAUAAUCUCUCUCUGAUAGUGAUUUCUUUUUCCCAAUUGUCACAAGAAACUGAUGGGAUUACAUCACAUUGUCCAAUAUCUCCACCCAAAAAGGCAUGUAAUCUGCCAAAUUACACCUAACAAAGUUAACAAAGGGUUCACAAAGAUGCACUAACUUGCAAAAUUAUUUGACAUCUCGUACUUCGUCAACUAAAAAACUAAAUUAUUCGAAUCUCGUACUUUGUCAACUACAAUAUAAGAUUACCAGAUCAAGAUGAAACCCUGGAGCAGAUUAUUACUAUUAAAAUAUGGCAACAAAGUACUGUAAAUGGAGAAAGAAUGCAUU